AGCAGAAGAGCUGACAAAGACGAACACAAGUCAUUCAAAGAUGAAGACCUCGGUGGCUCUGUUGGUUCUGUGCCUCCUCUGCCUGUCUGUGGCUGAGGUUUCCAGCCUCGCCACAGCCUCCUCUUGGCCCUGUGAGCAGAGAAUAAAAGAACUGGAGGCCAAAAUGACAAAUGCUGAAAAACUGUUAGAGCAGCUAAAGGAAGCGACAGGUAACAAGGUGGCAUUUGGAGCAUCCAUCGGCAAUGUUGGAUUUGUCGGACCCUUCAACGCUGAGAUCACACUGACCUACAAGAACGUCUUCACAAACACAGGCGCAUACAACCCCUCAACAGGUAUUUUCACUGCUCCAGUUGAAGGAUUUUACUACUUCAGCUUCUCUGGUCAUAAUCAUUCACACAGGCCAAUGGGGCUGCGACUGAUGAAGAAUGGAGUGCAGAUGGUUACUGUGUACAAUCAUCCAGCUGGAAGCCGCUAUGAGACAGCGACCAAUGGCAUAACUCUACAACUUAAAGUGGGAGACCAGGUGUACAUGAGACUCCGGGCAAACACCUGGAUUUUUGAUAAUGCUAAUAACCACAGCACCUUCAUUGGCCAUUUGUUAUUCCCCCUGUAAAUGAAAUGAAGGUCAGAUAUCAGUGAGUAAGGAUGACACUCUUUGGCCAAAGGGCUCAGGUUAUUAUUAUGGCUGCUGAUAGUGGAGGUUGUGGGGGGAAAAGGGAGAAAGAAAAAUUAUCUUCUUCUUGUUGUUGAUGGUGGUGGUGGGUUUACAAUAUAAAAUGAGAUUCAAAUCAGUGUAAUCAAUGCUUACAUAUACAAGGAUUGCAGGCUUAAGAGGAAUCUUAAAUUUGUUUUUGUUCAUUUUCAAUUGAUAAAGCUACUAUAGCUACUUUACUGUAACUCUUAAAUUCAUUUCACCAACUGUCACACAAUAAAUAAUCCCAUCACAUACAGAAGCUAACUCAA